AAUAUCUGGUUUCACAAGACAAUGAUCUCCCGAAGCUUUUUUUUUUUAGUUAGAAUUAAUGACUCAUUUAAUAUAUUAUCCAUUGAGUUAAUUUGGUAGAAAUUAUUAUUUUCGUUUAAUAUUUUUCAUCAUUAAUUUGAAAAAAAGAAAACAUAAAAAUAUGUUCUUUACAUUAAAUUAUAUUUUUAUUUAGUCUAUGUAACGAAAUAUUAGUUAUCGUUAGCCGUUGAUGACUAUUGUAGUACUUGCCGCGUUACUUAUGUUAAUAAAUUGAUUUAAAUCAUUUUAUGUGCGUGUACUAUGUAGUCAAGAUGUCUGACAAAAAUUCUGUCAUAGCUAUUUAUGACAUUAUUAUGUAUCCAAAUUUGAUAGAAAGACUGUACAUGAUGUAAUUUUAUUAUUACGCUGCGAUAUAGAUUUUUCUUAGUUACAUAUUUUUAUUCUAAAAUCAAAGUGAAUAUAUUUUUGGGUGCCAAUACAACAGUGCCAAAAAUAGCUCUAAAUAUGACAUAUUGUAGGUUUCCUAUUAAAAGUUAGGUAUAAUUGAGUGUAGGAUAUUAAUUUUUUUUGAUGUAUUAAUAAUUAAAGAAUGAAAUGAUUAAUAUAUCAAACUACAUAGCUCUUUAACACACCUCUAAAAAAUAACAAAAUGGAAAUAAAUCUUGAACAAUUCGCGGAUCUUUUAAGCAUUUUCACCAUAGCUAUGUGCUUUAUAUUAAAAGUUCCACAAAUCUUUAAUUUAAUUUCUUUAAAGUCUGCUAAACAAAUAUCUAUUUUAGGAUUAUUAUUAGAAAUUACAAGUUAUACAGUCACCGCAAGUUAUAAUUAUGUUAAUGGUUAUUCCUUAUUAUCAUAUUUGGAAUAUCCAAUUAUACUAAUACAAGAAUAUAUCUUAAUAUUUUUGGUAUUGAUAUAUUCGAAACAAACUAAUAUAUGGAGUUUAUUGAUCACAAUUAUUUAUGUUAUAACAAGCAUUUGUUUUCUAUUAGAGAUUAUACCCAGAACUGUUCUUACAUUUGCAAUGCCUAUGUGCACACCAAUAUCUGUGUCAAGUAAAAUAAUGCAAUUAUUGGCAAUUGUCAAAGCUAAAAAUGCAGCCUCUGUUUCUCCUCUUACAUGGUUUAUAUCAGCUUUAACAAAUUCCACAAGAGUGUUUACUAUAUGGAUGGAUUCUGCUGAUUUUUUACUAUUAGGAAAUUUCAUCGUAUCUGUUUUUUUAAGUUCUAGUAUUAUGUUCUCUUCCUUGUAUUAUAGAUAUUAUAAUAUAAAACAGGAUUAAAAAGAACAAUAUUAUUGUAUAUACCUCAGUAUUCUGUAUAUCUGAGUAAUAUCAAAUAAACAUCUUGAAAAUAUAA